AUUUAUAUCCCAUUGCUGCAAUAUGGCAGUUCAGUAGCUGCACGGAGUGUGUCGUUUUUAAUUGGCGGUAUUUGUGAAUGAUGGUUUGUGACUGACAGUAUACUCCAACUCUACUAUUCUGACUUCUGAGCACGUGUUUUACUGUGUGGAUAUUGGCAAAUGAGUUGAGGAGAACAAGAAGAAGUGGAAAAAAUGACAAACUCAAGGUACAACGAGAGGAAUGGAUCUCAAUACGCAGGCAGAGGUUUUCCCUCUUUUUCAGGCGAUGAAGCUUCGGAAACGAGCAGGCUGCAGCAGCCGGUCAAACUCCACCCCUCCUGGGAGGAGAACAACCUGCCCGAGGAUGAGCUGAAUUUCAAGCACCUCACGAUGGACCAAGCCAGCCUCGAAGUACACGCCCCAAGGGACAGAUGGAAUCUCAUAUACAUCGUUUUUUUGGUGCACGGCAUCGGUACCCUGACGCCUUGGAAUAUGUUCAUCACUGCCGAAAAAUACUUUACAACGUAUAAACUAUCGGAAUCCUACAUCGGCUAUGUAUUCCCCUAUGUAUCUAAUUUUAUACAAAUACUGACCUUUUGUUCUCAAGUUCCUAACGUAGCAUUUAAUUGGCUGAAUAUCUUCGUCCAAAUCGGGGGUGGAGAAUUAACUACAAGAAUUGUGUAUAGUAUAGGCACCGUUGUUGUGUGCUUCUUAGUAACUGUGUUUUUAGCCAUGAUUGAUACAGCCUCGUGGCCGGAGACGUUUUUCUGGAUAACUAUGAUCUGCGUUGUAGUCUUGAAUAUGGCCAAUGGCGUUUACCAAAAUACGGUGUUUGGAAUGGCCGCUAAACUGCCUGGAAAAUACACUGGUGCUAUAAUAUUGGGCAAUAACAUAAGCGGAACUUUCGUUUCGUUGGCGUCCAUGCUUACCACUUAUGUUUCGAAUGAUCAGCGCAUAGCUGCCAUUUAUUAUUUCAUAACGGCCUUAUUCGUACUCUUCAUUUGUUUUGACACCUAUUUUGCCUUGCCACUGAAUAGAUACUACAGGCAUCACGACUUAAAAGCUAAAAAGUUGGCCUUGGAAAAACAGGAUGCCUCUGGCAGUCAGGAGAGGAUUCCCUAUUUGCAAAUCAUCAAAAAGAGCAGGGUUCAACUGUACAACGUUUUCUGCGUUCUUUUUGUCACUCUUGCCGUAUUUCCAUCUAUACAAUCAGGUGUUCAACCAAAUGACCCCAACUUUUUCCUCAAACAGCCUUAUUUCACACAAGUAACCUGCUUUUUAACAUUCAACAUUUUCGCGAUGCUUGGAAGUCUGGUAGCUACAAUGGUUCAGUGGCCGAAACCUAGGUUCCUUUGGAUCCCUGUAACACUUAGGUUGUUUUAUAUCCCAUACUAUAUAUUCACAAACUAUCAAGUUCAAGGAAAUGUGAGGGUACUACCUGUAUAUUUCGAAAACGAUUUAGUGUACUGGAUAAUUUCGAUGACUUUUGCCUUUGGUUCUGGAUAUCUUUCAUCCUUAGCUAUGAUGUUUACACCUCAGUGUGCUGAACCCAAAUACGCCGCGACGGCAGGUAUGCUCGGCGGGGCCUUCUUGAUAUCAGGAAUAUUCACAGGAAUCUUGGUGUCUUUCAUUUGGCCCUGGGCAGUAACGCACAUUGGCUACUAGCCAAAGUGUCUGGCGUACGAUACGGAAACUGAGUUGAUCAUCAGAUUCAAAUAGUUUCCCGUCGUGCGCCGAUUUGAAAAUUUUUUAUUACUGCCAGAACAGUCUAGUUUUUUACAUAAUGUUGUUUAGCAAUCAUUGUUCUUCCAUUCUAAGAAGAAUUCAAUAAGGAGAAAAACGAAUUCAUGCCACAGAAUAUCAGAUUACGCUUAUAUGAGUUUGUACAAAAAUAAAGGAGUUUUAAAAGUU